AUGCUCACGAACAAGGCCCACGUGGACGAAUUAAAAGCGACGUGGUCCGACCCUGUUGUCUUCCGGUUUUUGAGAGAUCAGACGCCCUUUUUGAAGGCCUUCAAGCCCCUCCGUCCUCUUUUCAGCAAGGAGGCUCUCACACCUCAAGAUGGCGUGGACGCCGUCGAGACCUUCAAGAACGCCAUGCUGAAGGUGCUAGCCACGAUCGAAGCCGUCCGCGACCCCGAGGGCAUGGCCACGCUCAUGUUCAACUACUCCAACCUCCAGGACCCGGAAUGGGUAAGCUUGAUCGCGCGCCUGCAAGCAGGGGAAAAAGAGGCACAGCUUGAGCUCCAGCAGUAUAUCCUGGACCGAGAGCUAGGGGGCUUAAUCGAUUUGAAUGAAAUGGGCUUCGACGGUCAGGAGCCCUCCAUCCUCAAAGAGGCGCGGGAAACCGUGCAAAGAGAAGAACCGGAGCUUUGGGACUCGAUUUUCAGUGAGGACCCUAUUGCCCGAAAAUACAUGGAAGCCCCCGAGACGGUCCUCAAGGACGUGAUGGAUUUGACCUCAGAAUGUGAGACAAAUUUAAAGGGAAAGACCACGCUGGAUUUUGGGACGGCGAGUGUGUGA